UGCUCGAAAUCGCUGCCGAAGAAGUGGAAGCAACAAUAUGGCGGGAUGCAUGAAAAUGCAGGAAGAGUUUCAUUUUGCGAGCGUCAGAAUAACAAGCGUCUGCUUUCUUUUUUUACUCUUUCUUCAGUUUUUUCAGCUCACCCCCGCUACAAUCAGCAUUAUCAACAUUAAGGAUGGACAGAAGGUGAGGUUUAGUGAUGCUGAACACUUCUGCUACAUCAAUCCAACCCCUGUUCCUGGAUGGAGGGAGACCUGGACAAGGAUCCAAGUGAAAGUAUGGAGCUCCAAGGAGCUCAAGGUGACUGUUGUAAAGGAUGAAGAAGAGCUGGAGGAGCUUGAACAUUUUAGUUUCUGGUCCAUGGUGCAGCACUGGAUCAACGAGAAGACUAACGAGACAACAAUGAGCAUCAGCCUUUUCAAUCAGAAGACCUGUUUUCGCGUGGAUCCUUCAGAACUCGGAGUGUCCUACUUCGUCGAAUCCAGCCGAAGACUUGACAUCUACCUCUUUCUGGUGUUCCUCGCCGGAGUAUUGCUGUUCUUCUUUGCUGAUUUGCUCAGCAGGAGUCAGGUGUUCUACUACUCUGCAGGAAUGAGUACAGGCAUGAUCGCGUCCCUCAUCAUCCUCAUCUUCAUCCUGGGACGCUUUUUGCCAAAGAAAAGUCCUUUCUAUGUGCUGAUUGUGGGAGGAUGGUCCUUCUCUUUGUAUGUGAUCCAGCUGGUGUUUAGGAACCUGCAGCUGAUCCUCAAGGAGCACUGGCACCUGGCAAUAGGUUACGCUGCAGUGGUGGGAUUUGUCAGCUUUGCGGUAUGUUACCGUCACGGGCCGCUGGUGGAGGAGCGCAGUAUUAACAUCCUGUCCUGGACUCUGCAGAUAUUCGGCAUGCUGCUGAUCUACGCCGGCAUUCAGGUCCAGCAGGUGGCGUUAGCGAUCAUGGUAGCCGCUUUCUGUGCAAAGAACUUGGAGUACCCAGUGACCCUGGCGUUUAGUCUGUACGAGAAGCUGAAGCCGAAGCUGCGCUGGAAACUGGAGCCUCGACGCCUGUUGACGGAGGAGGAGUACCAAAAGCAGGCUGAGGUGGAGACUCAGAAUGCUCUAGAGGAGCUGAGGAAGCAGUGCAGCAGUCCUGAUUUCAACACCUGGAAAACAGUGUCCAGACUGCAUUCUCCUAAAAGGUUUGCUGACUUCAUCGAGGGAUCUCCACAUUUAAUGUCCAACGAAGUCUCUGUGCACGCUCAGGAAUACGGUUUGGGCAGAUCGCUGUUCGAGGACGAGCUGUUCUCCACCGAUGAGGAAGACGAGGCAGAAACGUGGGAGAGCGAAGCGGAGGAGAAGCCGAACUUGUCUUCACGGUGGAGAAACGCAGACGGAAACAAUUGAGGAGGGAAAGCAAAAAAUGGUAGGAACUAACAAGCAUCCGAAUGUGAAGAAGCAAAGCCAUACAGGAGGUAGGACCCAGUGAUGAGUACACCAGCUCAGAGACGUUUCAGCGCUGAACUUCAUCAUGUAAGAGUUUGGAUUUAGGGGAUGAGAAGUGGAUAUUUGCUCCUAAAUUAAAGGUUACAGAAAACAGACAGUUUUCUGCCAUCAUUGGCUGAAGAGGAUCUGAGAUCGUUUUUGACAGUUGGUGGCUUUGCAGUGUGUGUGUGUGUGUGUGUGUGUGUGUGUGUGUGUGUGUGACACAUUUAAUAUUUUUUUUUUAAUUAUUAUUAUUAUUUUUUUUUUUUAUGUGUUCUGAAUUCAGCCUACAAUCCAUGUGCAUGUAUACUCUGUUGGGGUUUGUUUGGGGUUGACAAUUAAUUUUUUUUAACUGCCUAAAGUGCAACUUUUUUUAUUAUUAUUAAAAUAAAAAAGGAAAUGCAACAUUUUUGUUAGAUGGUAGUUUGUGAACUGGAAAUUAGUUUUGCUCUUGAAAACAGGUCGAUCGUUUUCUCUGCACAUAGGUGGGAUGACCACUAGGUGGCAGCGAUGCUAUGUGAGCUUCGUGGUCUGCCUAUAAUGCAGGAUCCUUUUCAAAGACAGGUUUUUAUUUGUCACAUGUACAUUACAUCAAAAUGAAAUUGUUUCUUCCCAUAUUCCAGAGAUGUUAGGAAGCUAGGGUCCGCGCAAUGGUCAACCAUGCUAGAGUGCCCUUGGAGCACAAAGGAGCAGCUUGGAGAUACAAGGGCUUGUUUUAUUUGGGGUAAAGCAAUAAAUGUAUUGAAACUAAAUGUCAGGGUAUGUGUGUAGGUCUGAAUAAACAUCUAACAUUAAAAGGGAA